AAAAACCAAUAAACCCAUUUAAUAGAUCUUAAAACUAAAAACAACAAUUCUACUUUUCUUUCAAAACCACCAAUCUCUUUUAAAUUCCAUCAUCCUCUGUUUCAAUCUCCUUUUGAUCAAAUCAUCAAACACAAUUGUUAGGGUUUCUUUUUGUUUUUUUCCUUAUACUACAAGAAACGUCAAGUCGUUAAAAAACAAUGGAAGAAAGCAAUGAUCUAUAUCAGACCAAUUUCAGUCCUAGAAUCUCAGAGAUCAGAGCAUCUCUGUCUCAGAUCAUAUUAGGAGGAGGACCAAACACACUCGACUCAAUCUUCUCACUUCUCACACCUUCUUCCUCUGUAGAAUCCGCCACAACAUCCUCCAACACUCUCAAUCCUCCGCCACCGCCGCAGCUCGGCUCCUCCGUCUAUCUCCGGCAACGAGAUAUCAUCGAGAAAUUCCACCUGCAAAACAGAGCAAUCUCCGCUCCUCAUCAUCCUCCUCCUCUGUUUUCCUCAUCGUUCGAUCAUCAUCAAACUUCCGAGCUAAUGCUCCAAGCGGCGGCCGGGACUCCAGCGGAAGCUUUCGCCGCUGCGUUAGCGGCUGGGAGGACGACGAAAAAGAAGAAACUUUACAGAGGAGUGAGGCAGAGACAUUGGGGGAAAUGGGUUGCGGAGAUAAGGUUGCCGCAAAACAGAAUGAGGGUUUGGUUAGGUACUUACGACACGGCCGAAGCCGCCGCUUACGCUUACGAUCGCGCCGCCUAUAAGCUCCGUGGAGAAUACGCUCGUCUCAAUUUCCCAAAUCUCAAAGACCCGAGUGAGCUGCUCGGACUCGGAGACUCCUCAAAGCUAAUAGCUCUCAAGAACGCCGUCGACGGGAAGAUCCAAUCCAUUUGCCAGAGAGUCAGAAAGGAGAGAGCAAAAAAGAGCGCCAAAGUGAGCAAAAACUCGUCGGCGACUGCAGAUUCUUCCUACUCCUCGUCACCGGAGAUUGUAUCGUCGUCUCCGGCGACGAUGACUACGACUGCUGUUAACUCAGAGGACAGUUACUGGGUUUCGCAGAUGGGGUGGUGUAACAGUGAGAAUAAUUCUCCGGCAUCGGUUUCUGUUUACGAUGAAAUUCCGGCAAAGACGGCGACGGCGGCGGCGGAGGAAGACGCGNUUAAUAGAUCUUAA